GAAACCCCUAGCACCUGGCUCGCCUCCGGUGGGUGCACGCCAGCCCACCGACGGCCGGAGUGACGGUUGCCUGCGCUCUCCAGCAUGCGCGAGUACCCCGGCCGCUGGAGCGUCCCUCCUCGGGCGUGACCCCAGGGGCUGCCCUGAAGAAGCCUCCCUGGAACCCGAGUUUCGCUGUCUUAACUCCCAGUUUCCCUUUGCUCCAAAACGUGUGCUCUUGGGUUGUGUCCCUCCGCUGAUCUCCGCGCCGUCCUCCAGCUGAGCCUGUGGUUGGGUUCCCGAGCAACCUCGAGUGGGUCUAGAGUCUGCAGCCUCGCGAAGGCGGAUUCCCGCUCCUGGGCCUGUGGACCUGGCCCAGCUCCGGUCGCGACGCCGUCGGGUGACGGUGGCUCUCUGCCCUUGAGGACCGACGCGCACACUUCACUUGCUUUGUGCAGCAAGACUUUGAGUUUGGGCGCCGCUAACUUACUGUUAGGUUUCUGUGUGAUGACUGCACCUGUCAUUCUCUUGCGAGAAUGGAUCUAGACUUCCCUACUCGACCUGAAAUGGGGAGUGCAGAAUCUGUGAGAAACUUUCCCUUCGUCCCUUUUUACAUCCGUUCUCUUCCCGACCUUGGAGUCUAUCUUUUGAUUAAAGAGGCUAGACUUUGAAAGCAUUUCGCACGUGGGGCCUUGGGUGUGUCUCCCAACUUGUUCCUCCUGUUUCCUUAUCGACAGCCAACCUCAAAAACACCAUGAAAGAAACUGAUAUCAAGACACUCCUGUAUGCUCAUUUUCUCUGCAUAUUUUCAGUGAUUCUAAGUGUCCUUAUUCCAUCAUUCUUCGUGGAGAAUUUCUCAGUGUUGGACACACACUUGACUUGGUUGUGCGUCUGUUCUCUUUUUGUAACUGCAAUCAACCUUGUAUUAUAUUUAGUAUCAAAGCCAAAUGCAUCUUCUAAAAGAAGUUCAUUGUCACAUAAGGUAACCAGAUUUUUGAAAUGCUGUAUCUACUUUCUUGUGUCUUGUUUCAUCUUUCAUGUGAUUUUUGUUCUAUAUGGAGCACCAUUAAUUGAGUUGGUGUUGGAAACAUUUUUAUUUGCAGUUAUUUUGUCCACUUUUACUACUGUACCUUGUUUAUGUUUGUUAGGACCAAACCUCAAAGCAUGGCUAAGAGUUUUCAGUAAAAAUGGAGUUACAUCCAUUUGGGAGAACAGUCUCCAAAUCACCACAAUUUCUAGCUUUUUAGGAGCAUGGCUUGGAGCGUUUCCUAUUCCAUUAGAUUGGGAAAGACCAUGGCAGGUAUGGCCCAUCUCCUGUACGCUUGGAGCGACCUUUGGCUACGUGGCUGGCCUUGUUAUUUCACCACUCUGGAUAUACUGGAAUAGAAAGCAACUUACAUACAAGAACAAUUAACUGGAGCAAAAGGAGGAGAUAAUAAUUCUUUGUGCAGAUUCCAUAAGGGCUGUGCAGAAAUGUAUGGUCAAAGCCAAGCAGUUCCAUUUACAGCACUGGUCUUUUGUUGUUGUUUUUAAUGUAGUUUCAACAUGAUGUGAUUGUAGCUUUUUAAACUAUGAAAACCCUGAGAGAUUGUACCUUCUAAUUGAAAUAAAGUAUUUAUAAUAGA